AUGGAUAUUGUUCUUGAAAUUGACAAGUAUUGUGUAAGGGUGGGUGUAGUUGGAGAGGUUACUCCGGUGGUUGUGCCAGUAAAGUAUGAGUGGGUAGGGGAGGUGCAGUAUUUGGAGGAUCAUGCAUUGACGAAAGAGCAAGCCCAGGCAGUGGUACUGGAGAUGGAUAAGGGGGUACUUGCAAAAUACUGCCAGUCCUUGGGGACGUGGUUGGACGUGGAGAAUGUGCUGUAUAGCUUGUUGCAAAGGCUUAUGCAUGGUGCACUUUCAGAGUUGCCAGUCAACCCCAGACGGUGCUUUGUUGUUGAUCAUCGGUAUUCGGAAAAACUGAAAAGGGCGAUCUGUUCGAUCUUGUUUGAGUAUAGGGCCAAAUCGGUGGUGUUUGUCCCGGGAGGUGUGUUGGCUGUGAUGGGGAGCAAUCGAAGAGAUGGAUUAUGGGUAGACCACACACGAAGGGCUAUACAUAAAGUGGUGGACUUACGAGAGAUUGGCGUGUAUGGCAUGGACUUGGGUAUACAUUCGAUUAUACAGAAGAGCGAUAUACAUGUACGCAAAACCUUGAAGGAAAACGUUAUCACCGCCAAAGAUACAGUUGGGUGCUGGACAGCGUGUUCUUUGUACGUUGGUGAAGUGGCUACAGGUUGGCCAGAGAUUAGGAAAGAUAUAUUUCGCUAA